AUGUACCCCGAACAAAUGGACAAGUGUGCGGAUAUGAAGUACACGUGGGAUCAGGAACUGAACGAGAUUAGCAUUCAAAUGCCUAUACCUGAACACUUUGAUGCAAAAUGUGUUGUGGUUGAGGUGAUUGGAAAGAACAUUGUGAUUAAUAAUGGACAGGAAUUGGUGGUUGAUGGAGAGCUUUUACAUGAGGUGGAUGCAUCGAGUGUAUGGUGGAUAGCUGAUGGAAGCAUGAUUAAUGUUGGAUUAUCGAAAAAAAGGAAUGAAUGGUGGAACAGCCUGUUAGUUGGUUCUGAAGAGGUUGAUGUGGAAGACCUUGCAGAAAACAGGCAUGCAGACAUAGACAUGCUUGAUCCUGAGGCAAGAGAAGUUGUUGAAAAGAUGAUAUACAACAGCAAGGGAGAUCAAAAGUAG